AACAAAACUCACCCCCGCGCCUUAUAUUUAUGAUUCCAGACCGAUGUGCACACUCGAACGCAAUAAAGGAUCACUGGAAAGGAGAAGAGCAAAAAAGGAUAACUUUGACGUUUAGUGCGAAAAAAGGUGUUGUGCAAGUGCAUAGAAUAGCCAAAAUGGAAAUUGAAGCCGAUUCUCAAAAAUGUAUUCUGGAUUUAGCGAAAAAGUGUCUAAAAAAGAUACCGAAAACCGAUGACGCUCAGCAGUACAAAGUACUGCUCCUGGACGACAAUGAACUGCAGAAAAUCGACAAUAUCGAUUCCUAUCUUAAAAUCGAAAAGUUAUCCUUAUGCAAAAAUCAACUAUUGCGGAUGUACGGUGUCUGUAGGUUACACUGCCUCAGGGAAUUGAACCUGUCAUACAACGGCAUCCUAACGAUCGAAGGACUGAAAGAUCUAAUUCAUUUAACGCAUCUCAACUUGGAAGGCAACAACAUCAAAACAAUUGAACACCUUAAUACCAACACAAACCUCGAAAGUCUUAACUUAUCGGAGAAUAGUAUCGCAAUACUCUCGGAUAUUUCUUUUCUCAAAAAUUUAAAGGAUCUCUAUUUAAAUGGUAACAGAGUGGCACACCUGAGGCAAUGCGACAAAUACUUGCCACAGUCGUUGGAAACUUUUACCCUGGCUAAAAACAACAUUUCCGACUUGAACGAAAUUUGCACGUUGAGCCAUUUAAACAAUCUAAACAGCAUUACGAUAGCAGACAAUCCAUGUGUUCAAAUGACAGGAAACUCCAUUGGAUUUGACUAUCGUCCGUUUGUUCUGAAUUGGUGCAUGAGUGUAAAAAUGAUCGAUGGCUUUGUAGUAACCGCAAUCGAAAGUCUGAAAGCAGAAUGGCUGUACAGCCAGGGCCGGGGCCGUCAGUUUCGGGUAGGAGACCAGACCGCUCUGGCUCGAUACCUAAGUACGGUCUGCCCACUAUCUGGAGAAGCGCUGGAAAAUGAAAAUGAGCGCAAAUUACGAUUAAUUUUGAGCAAAGCUCAACAACACCAGCGUCAACUACAAGAACAAAAUUCCAACGGUGGUGAUGGCGUAUCCACUCCAGUGAAUAAUUCACCUUCGUCGUUAAGACGAAAAGCACAAACAAGCCGAAUUCAGUCUCCCAGAGUCACUCGGCUGAGUGGACGUCAACACUCGCCAGAAACGAUGUCGAACAGCUACCAUGGCAAUACUUCCAAUAAUUUGAUGACUUCAAGUCAAACCGAAACAUCUGGUGGCAGCCAAUUAUUUGAACUUACCAAAUCGCUUAUUGACAACAUCACUUCCGACAGUAUCAUGUCCCAAAGUUUAGAUGCAAAUAUGCUGAACCUUGGCGGUACGGGGGGAAACUCAAUGAACGUUUCGAUGCAUGAAAGUAUCAUAUUAUCCAAACAAGCUAAUACAAAUGGAGCAAACCUUUACAAUGAUCAACCCCCAGUUACACCGGUAAUAAUGGGUGGCCCAUUGGCGGCCGCUUCAAAAAUGGUUCCUGUUCCAGAAUCACUAAUGAGUCCCGAUUGCGGGCCGACUAAUUCGGCGGCAUCGAUUGUACAGCGCAACAUGCAAAACUGUGCUAGCCAGCCGCAGCCUCAAACGCCGCAGAUUCCGAAGGCGAUCAAAACCAAAGAGAACUCCAGAUCUGGUAGCAUUCCAACUGGAACUGGGAAAAGCUCAAGCCCACGGCCAACCAAGCGGAGUACUUCAACAAAUAAUAGUACCAGAAAUAGUGUCAGCAGUGAGCGUUCAUCUCCGUCACUUUCCCCCCGGAAAACGAUGAUAAACAUAAGCAACAACCAAUCACGAGUUCAGUUGAACCAAUCGAAGCACACAAAUGCCGCACACUCUACUCCUCCCGAUGGUGGCUCAAGCAACGCAGUUAGCUCGGAUGACGAGAGCGAAGCCAUCAACAUAGAAAAACUGAAAACUAUUCGCAACAAGGCUGCUCAACAAAACAGCCACGUUCUAUUGUCUAAAGUCACUACGGAGAAGGAAAUCGCAGAUGGUACGGCCAUCAUCAACAAUAAAACCACCGAAAAUUCGGCCAUACUUAUUCAGAAAAUUUGGCGUGGAUAUUUAAGCCGAAAACGAGGCCAAAGUAUUGCGGAGAUAUUGCAGAAGAAGCGAACCCAAGAUUACAUUUUAAAGCUUACUAAAGAUAUGGAGAUGACCAAAACUGCACUAGAAAACGAGCGUAAAAUUCAGCAGCUCCAAAUGCAAGCCAUCAACGCUUUGUGGAAAAAGGUUUCCACUAUGCAACCGUCACAAACGGCAAACGGUACAACAGAUACAUUGAAGCUAGAUGUUAUCAAUAACGAGAACAGCUCCGUUUUGGUUGUGCAGGACCUUACUAAGACGUGUUCUAUGUUGAUGAAUCAAGUCCAACAGUUGCAAAGCUCUGUAAGGGAUAUCGUAAACUGCAUGCAGUUCUUCGCCAAUUUGCCGCAACAAACUAGUAGCACAUCUACGGCGGUCAAUUCAUUCAAUGAUCAGAUUAACACCCGGGACAGUUGUGAAACGCAAACAGAAAUUGUAGCGGUUCAUACCCCCCAGGUUGAGCAGUUACCGGCCUUUCCCUUCCGGACAGCCAGUGCGAGCAGUUCUUCAAGUAAGCUUGCGCGGCCUUCUUCGCUGCCUAUCAGCUCGUCGGAAACAUCACCCAAAAUUACAUCUCAGGAGGGUAAACCCAUUAUCGAAGAAGAGGAAACAGACGCUAAAGAGGAACACGGCGAAGAGAUGCUGGUUGAAAUCGAAGCCGACCCUGGGGAUACAGAAGAAAACGACGACGGUGAGCAAAAAGAACUGGACGAGAAGGAGCUCGAGGUAAAACCCGAUCCUGUAAUUGAGAACUAACUUUUAUGCGGUUGUAGAAUUUCUAGCUAGAGGCAUUCGGAAAUCCGCUUGUGUAUAUGUAUUUAUUUGCGAAAGUUUUUAUAAGUUUAAACCUCAAAUGAAAGUACUAUUUUUGUUGUAUAAUUUUAAGCCAAACUGUUACACGCACUGAUAUUCAGUUUGCAGAUGUUAUUUUCCCCAAUUUGUAUCGUGUAUCCGUAGCUUACAAUGUAGAUGUCCAUAAAAAUAUUAACAUCCUUGACGAAAGCGUUGAAAAUGAUAAAAGUUAACCUUGACUCACAAACUGUCUCUACAAUUUCCCGUAUACGCACAUAUGAAUUUAAAGAAAACUUUUUUUUACAAAUGAAAAGUAAUCAUACAUUCUCAAACUCAGUAAAAUAUUUUACGAACAGUUACAAACAUUGUUUAUCGUUUUGGUUUUCAACUGAAUCAAAAGCAUAGAUUUGACUUCGUGAAUAUGGACAUAAACAUUUUAAACGUAGUGUAAUAAAACUAUGGAGAUGUAGCCUCCUGAAUAGAUAAAAUUUUACAUUCCCUAAUAGCUUGCAUUUAUGCUGUCCUCGAAAAAAUGCUCUCUUUCUCUCUGGUCUCUAGAUUGUAGGUAAAUGUAGAUGGUUCUAGUAGUUUGAAAUAACAGCAUAUGAAUUAAAUAAUACAGAUCUCAACAGCAUAUAGAAUAGAACAUGAGAGCGAAUAAGUGCACUAAGUAUGAAGCCAGCGACUUCAGCAGUUCUGCUUUGUACCUUUUUGACAUAAAAAUGCAUACAUUUUACAGCGAAACAAAUAAAAUAUAAGCCAAACCUAAGAA